AUGUCUUCUGAGAAUCAAAAACCUAGAGAAGAAAUUGAGACAUCUGAAAGAGCUGUAGCACAUUUUGCAAAAGAUAUACAAAGUGAGAUUUUAUUGGCUACUGCUAUGGUCAAAAUUCAAUCAGGAAAUGGCUACACUCAAAUUAUACGAGCACUUAUUGAUCAAGGUUCUGAGGCUUUAUUUGUGUCUGAGGCCACUGUACAAUCAUUAGGGCUUAAGCGAGUUCGAGUAAAUGGUGUGGUGUCAGAUCCAUCUUAUGGUUCACCUGGAAAGGUUGAUGUUAUUCUAGGAGUUGAAGUUCAUAAUGAGAUAUUGUUAGAGGGUCUUAUAAAAUAUUCAUUACUAAAUGGUCCGAUUGCUCAAAAGACGACGCUUGAAUGGAUGUUAUCAGGACGAGUCAAAAGGUCAGAUGAUAACCCAUCAACCACACGUAACUUUCAUAUCAAAGUUAAGGAAGAUAAAUUAUUAAAGCAAUUUUGGGAAAUAGAAAGAGAACCUGAUAACAUUAAGAAGAAGAUGACCAAGGCAGAGCUGAAAUGUGAAGAAAUCUUUGAUGCGACAACAAUUAGAAAUUGUGAAGGUCGGUAUAUAAUUCGUUUACCAUUUAAUAAUCCUAAUCCAGAGAGUAUACAAGGAGGUUCAAGAGAAAUAGCUCUACGAAGAUUUAACUUCUUAGAGAAAAAACUGUCAAAAAGACCUAAAGAACUCGAAGACUAUAGAAAGGUGAUAGAGAAUUAUUUGAAUCAAAAUCAUAUGGAACUGAUAACAUCGGAGAUAGAGAUUAAUGAUCCAACCGCAGUAUAUUUACCACAUCAUGCAAUAAUUCGAGAAGAUAAAGAGACUACUAAGGUAAGAAUAGUUUAUGAUGCUUCAUGUAAGGGAAAUAAUAAUGUAUCAUUAAAUGAUAAUCUUCUAAUUGGUUCAAAACUACAACAAGAACUCAUGAUGCAUUUGCGUCAUAUUCUUAUGAGAUGGAGAUGUCAUAAAAUUUGUAUCGUAGCAGACUUAGUUCAAAUGUAUCGUCAGGUUUUAGUAAAUGAUCGAGAAAAAGAUUUUCAAAGAAUAUUUUGGCGAUUUGAUGCAAAUGAACCUAUACGACAUUACAGGCUACUGAGACUGACGUUUGGUAUGCCAUGUGCUCCAUAUUUGGCUGUCAAGUCACUUCAUCAGUUAGCUAAGGAUGAACGUGAGAAAUAUUGUUUAGCAUCUGAUAUUACUUUAAAUGAUUUCUACAUGGACGAUUUACUUACAGGGUGUAAUGAUAAUGAGGGUGCUAUAAAUAUUUUUGAACAGAUGACUAAGCUGAUGAAGCAAGGAGGAUUUACAUUACAAAAAUGGUGUAGCAACAGUAAUGAAUUAUUAAAAUAUAUUAAAGAAGAUGUUCAAUCCAUAGAUAACGCAGUAGUUUUUAAAGAAAAUGACACUGUUAAAAUUUUAGGAAAUUGUUGGAAUAAGAUUCGUGAUGAAUUUGUUUUUACAAUGAAUUUACCUAAAGAACGAGUUUUUACAAUGAAUUUACCUAAAGAAGAAGAUAAUGAAAUUACAAAAAGAAAAGUUUUCCAUCCAUUAGGAUGGAUUGCGCCUAUUACAGUAAGAGCUAAAUUAUUUAUACAAAAAUUAUGGAAAUGGUUGAACACUAGCAGCAAUGAUGCUAUUGAAUUACACGUAUUUGCAGAUGCCUCACGUUCUGCGUAUGCUGCAGCUGUAUACAUGAAGGUGGAGUCUAGUGAUUGUACUAUUAAUGUACACUUAGUUACUACUAAAACGAAAGUAGCACCAAUUGAAAAAGAAAUAUCAAUUCCCAGAUUGGAGUUAUGUGCAGCUUUAUUAGCUGCGAAGUUAAUUUUUGAAGUAUCACAGAUUUUAAAUAUAGCUAAAGAGAAAUUAUUUGCUUGGUCUGAUUCCACAAUUGUACUAGCCAAGUCGCUGGGUGACAUUCGUCAGUAA